UGGCUCACCAGCGAGUUCACACCAGGGAGAGGCCGUUCACCUGCUCAGACUGCGGGAAGGGAUUCAGUCGGUCAUCCGACCUGCUGGUUCACAAGUCAGUUCACACUGGGGAGUGGGCAUUCACCUGCUCAUUGUGGGAAGGGAUUCACUUUCUCAUCGCAACUGAAGGUACAUCAGCGAAUUCACACUGGGGAGAGGCCGUUCACCUGCUCAGACUGUGGGAAGGGAUUUGCUCGAUCAUCUGAUCUACAGAUACAUCAGCGAGUUCACACUGGGGAGAGGCCGUUCACCUGCUCAGACUGUGGGAAGGGAUUCACUUCGUCAUCUCAACUGAAGGAACAUCAGCGAGUUCACACUGGGGAGAGGCCGUUCACCUGCUCAGAUUGUGGGAAGGGAUUCACUUUCUCAUCUCAACUGAAGGUACAUCAGCGAAUUCACACUGGGGAGAGGCCGUUCACCUGCUCAGACUGUGGGAAGGGAUUUGCUCGAUCAUCUGAUCUACAGAUACAUCAGCGAGUUCACACUGGGGAGAGGCCGUUCACCUGCUCAGACUGUGGGAAGGGAUUCACUUCGUCAUCUCAACUGAAGGAACAUCAGCGAGUUCACACUGGGGAGAGGCCGUUCACCUGCUCAGACUGUGGGAAGGGAUUCACUUCGUCAUCUCAACUGAAGGUACAUCAGCGACUUCACACUGGGGAGAGGCCGUUCACCUGCUCAGUCUGUAGGAAGGGAUUCACUCAGUCAUCUCAUCUGCAGAUACAUGAGCGAGUUCACACAGGGAAGAGGCCGUUCACCUGCUCAGACUGUGGGAAGGGAUUCACUCAGUCAUCCACCCUACUGAAACACCAGCGAGUUCACACUGGGGAGAGGCCAUUCACCUGCUCAGUGUGUGGGAAGGGAUUCACUCGAUCAUCUGAUCUACAGAGACACCAGCGAGUUCACACUGGCGAGAGGCCAUUCACCUGCUCAGACUGUGGGAAGGGAUUCACUUGGUCAUCUCAACUGAAGGUGCAUCAGAGAGUUCACACUGGAGAGAGGCCAUUCACCUGCUCAGACAGUGGGAAGGGAUUUACUCAGGCAUCUAACCUACUGAGAAACCAGUCAGUUCACACUGGGUAAUGGCCAUUCACAUGUGCAGUCUGUGGGAAGGGAUUCACACAGUUAGCUAGCCUACAAGCACACUAGUCAGUUCACACGAGAGAGCAGCCAUUCACUUGCUCAGUCUGAGGGGAAGGGGUUCAUUUGCUCAUCUCAGCUGAUGGUAAAUCAGUGAGUUCACAGUGGAGAGAGGCCAUUCACCUGCUCAGAAUGGGUAAGGGAUUCACUCAGUCAUCCACACUACUGAAAGACCAGUCAGUUCACACUGGGGAGAGUCCAUUCACCUGCUCAGUGUGUGGGAAAGGAUUCACUUGAUCAUCGGAUCUACAGAUACAUCAGCGAGUUCACACUGGGGAGAGGCCGUUCACCUGCUCAGUCUGUGGGAAGGGAUUCACACAGUUAGCUAGCCUACAAGCACACCAGUCAGUUCACACUGGGGAGAGGCCAUUCACCUGCUCGGUGUGAGAAAGAAUUCACUUGGUUGUCCAACCUACAGAGACACCCACGAGUUCAUAUAACCAUAUAACAAUUACAGCAUGGAAAUAGGCCAUCUCGGCCCUUCUAGUCCGUGCCGAACUCUUACUGUCAUUUAGUCACAUCUACCUGCAUCUGCCCUCCAUUCCUUUCCUGUCCAUAUACCGAACCAAUUUUUUUUUAAAUGACAAAAUCGAAUCUGCCUCUACCAGUUCUACUGGAAGCUCAUUCCACACAGCUACCAUUCUCGGAGUAAAUAAGUUCCCCCUCGUGUUACCCCUAAACUUUUGCCCCUUAACUCUCAACUAAUGUCCAGUUGUUUGAAUCUCCCCUACUCUCAAUGGAAAAAGCCUAUCCAUGUCAACUCUAUCUAUCCCCCUCAUAAUUUUAAAUACCUCUAUCAAGUCCCCCCUCAACCUUCUACGCUCCAAAGAAUAAAGACCUGACUUGUUCAACCUUUCUCUGUAACUCAGGUGCUGAAACCCAGGGAACAUUCUAGGAAAUCUCCUCUGUACUCUCUCUACUUUGUUGACAUCUUUCCUGUAAUUUGGUGACCAGAACCGUACACAAUACUACAAAUUUGGCCUUACCAAUGCAUUGUACAAUUUUAACAUUACAUCCCAACUCCUGUACUCAAUGCUCUGAUUUAUAAUGGCCAGCAUACCAAAAGCUUUCUUCACCAUCCUAUCCACAUGAGAUUCCGCCUUCAGAGAACUAUGCACCAUUAUUCCUAAACACGAGGAAUUAUGCAGAUGCUGG